UAAAGCUUUCUAAGGUUGACGCUGCCUUUCUUCGUUUUCCGUCACUGGAAGGAAGCCUUGCUCGUCUUUGAAUCUCUCCCUCAAUUCUUCGAUUCUUCCUUUCUCUCUCUGUUUCUCAGUGCUCAUCCACACGCAGAGGAAGUUCACUUUCAGGUGUUUAUGGAUUCGAGAUGCAGAGGCUCUUACUCGUUCUCUUCGAUCUUUGCCUCCCAAUCGACCUUUCAUCUAAUCGCUUUCUCGGUGUCGUCUUUCGUUCGCGCUUUCUCCACUCGAUUAACGCCUUGGUUUAGAGAGCUCCGGAUUAGUGUUCCUGUAUAGCAAAAGUAGCAGAAAAUUCUGGGAUGUAAAUUCUGCAAGGUAAUAUAGGGACAGGACUUAUUGGGAUUCCUGCGACACAAAUUAAGAGGUCAUCUCAAAAUUUUGGAUAGCAAGUACACAGGAGAAGGUGCACGAAGAAGGGUUUACGACUUUGUGUUAACUUAUACCCUUUUUUAGGGAAUGAUUGGCGGCAUUUCUUCACAUUCAAAGAUGUCGUGGAAGAAGGGUAGAUCUGCUGGUUGGGCUGCUGUUAAUCUCAAGCAAAUGCAAAAACAAGAUCUGAAACCAGAGUUUGAUGAUGACCCCUAUCCAUUCAUUCAAAAUAGGACAAACACUAUUGCACCCUCUGGGAGCUCAAUACUAAGCAAUGUUCCAUCAGUGAAGUCCUUCUCAUCAGUGCUCCAACCUAAAAUGGACUUUCCAAUUCUCAUUGAUGACAAUGAUUCGAAAAGACAAUUACUAGAUAAUAAUUCUAAUAGCAUGCUUGGUAAUAAGAUUGUCAAAGAGAAUAAUACCUUUCUGGCCCUUAAAAAGCUUAAAGAGCUCCAUGCCUGGGCUGACAAUAGUUUGAUUGAGGACAUUUUAGCUGCUGUUGACAACAAUUUUGACCAGGCUUCUACUCUAUUGAAGGCUAUGGUUACCUCCAGCAGCUCUGAAGAGAGUAAGACAGUAGACCUUACAGAACCAAGCUCUGUUUUUGUGGAUUGUCUCCACACCAAGAAGACAGAAGAGGUGGAUGAAGAUUUUCUUUCAGAAAAUAUGAUAGACCUUGCAGAACUGAAAGCUGUUCUUCAGGGCUGUCUUGAUGACAAGAAGCCUGAACAUACAGAUGAAGGAGUUAUUUUUGAAAAUAAGUUAUCUAAUGAUACUAUGGACUUGAAAUUGAUUUCAAGAUCAUUAAUGUCUGUACCUGCUGCGCCUGAGUGGGAAGAGGAUGAUGUAUACUUGAACCAUCGUAAAGAUGCAAUAAGGGUGACGAGGUCAGCAUCUCAGCAUUCACGAGCAGCCAAUAAUGCCUUUCUAAGAGGUGACCACUUCUCUGCUCAACAGCUCUCGCAUAAGGCCCGGGAAGAAUGGAGGCUUGUUGAACAGCUGAAUGCAAAGGCAGCUGAGGAAAUUUUAACUAUCAGGAAUAGCAAAAAUAACAUAUGGAAGUUGGACUUACAUGGCCUCCAUGCAUAUGAAGCUGUGCAUGCCUUACAGAAACACCUUCAGAAGAUUGAAACACAGACUGCUUUAAGUCGUACUAUAUCUCCCAAGAAAGUCGAGCCCAAAGUUGAAAUAACAUGUCCUCAAUCACUCAGCUCACCUAGUUGCAAGGUCAUGGAGGUGAAACCUGACAUACAAAACUACGCAUUAACCAGUCAGAGACGAGCAAUAUUGGAAGUUGUAACAGGGAUGGGUAACCACAGCCAAGGGGAAGCUGCUCUGCCUUCAGCCAUCAGAAGUUUCCUCAUUGAGCAUGGGUAUCGUUUUGAUGAGUUGAGGCCUGGUGUGAUUGCAGUGCGUCCCAAGUUCCGUAACAGGUGAAAACAUUAGGUUAGGUGUUGCCUAUUGUAAAUUUUUAAUUAUUUAUUCAUUGCAGAUUACUGCAUGUGAUUUAAUUCAUCUUUAAGGAGUUAUUAAAUUUUUCUUUAGGGGGUCUUUGCUCAAUAAGAUCUUCAGAGAAUUGUUCCCAACAGGUUUGAGCAUCUUAUGAAUUGUAAUUUGUAAUGGUCUGUGUUGUAUUGUA